CCAAGGCGGAAGGCAGCAUCGUCGGCAGCUUGGAGUUCUGUACUGGAAAGUUGGGCAGCCGCUUGGUGCUGGUCCUGGGCCACACGAAGUGUGGUGCCGUCUAUGGCGCCACCAAGACGUUUCUAGAUGCCCAGGGUUUUUCCAAGAAACCGGGCUCUGCGCUGCAAGGGCUUCUGCAGGACUUGGGCGUGGUUGCCCAGCAGGCCCAGGAGGAAAUGGGUCCUGGCGCAAACGCGGAUGCCAUCGCGGCCCACGCGGUUCAGGUGAACGUUUUCCACACCAUGAACUUUCUGCUGAGCUUCAGUGAGUCCAUCCGUGAGGCUGUGAGAAGCGGUCAGAUUGAGAUCCACGGUGGCAUCUACGAUCUGGAGACAGGCAGUGUGGAAUUCUUGGGGAAGAGCCCGCAGCAGGCCCAGCUGCUGGAGUCCAGCAUGCCUGUCCCACCUUCCAUGUCGAGCGGCGCAGCAGCCGACCAUGGAAUGCACGGCGUCCGUACUGGGGCCGACGUUGCAGUGAAGCCCGAGGCGGCACUGAAGCUGCUGAAGCAGGGCAACGAGCGCUUCGCCGCCUUGGUGAAGUGCGGCCAGGCGCCCCACAGCGCCAUCCUUGGCUGUGCGGACUUGCGAGUGCCCGUCAACACCGUCUUCGACGCGAUGCCCGGAGACCUCUUCGUGCUCCGCAACGCCGGCAACACCUGCACUCACGCAGAAGGGAGCAUCGUUGGCAGCUUGGAGUUCUGCACUGGCAAGCUGGGCGCCCAGCUGGUCCUGGUGCUGGGGCACACGCAGUGCGUGGCCGGACAAGCCGAGCUGCUGUCCUCCAAGCGCUCCGUGCCGCCAUCCAUCCAGUGCGCCACGAUCCGAACCGCCCAGAGCGAGCCAGUGAUGCCACAGGAUGCCCUGGCCAUGCUGAAGGAUGGCAACAAGCGCUUUGCAGUGGGUGCCCCCACAGCUGGCAAAGUCCACCAGAGCAUGCGCGCAGAUUUGAACAACAUGGGCCAAGCUCCCCACACUGCUCUGCUUUUCUGUGCGGAUUCGCGCGUGCCCCUGGAAACCGUCUUUGAUGCCCUUCCUGGGGACCUCUUUGUGUUGCGCAACGGCAGCGUGCUUGGCAGCCUGGAGUUCUGCACCGGUGCGCUGAACACCCGGCUGAUCUUCGUGCACGGGCACACGGCCUGCGGUGCCAUCAAGGGUGCCACCAAGGCCUACCUGGACUCCAAGAAAUCGAAAUCCAGC